CUCGGUAUUCCAGGCGCUAUUUAAGCUGUUUGUCAGUUAGAUUACUGGUGGCAGAAACGGGUCUCGCUGGCUUUGGCAACUCCUUUACACGAGGACGACUGGAAAAGUUAAGUGCUUUCAUUGAACUCAAACAUGCCGAACUCAGGAGUGCAGCUGCUCGGGUUCUCGCUGUCUCUGGUGGGCGUCAUGGGGCUCAUCAUUGGCACGGUGCUGCCGCAGUGGAAAAUGUCAGCCCAUGUGGGAGACAGCAUCAUCACCGCCGUGGCUACGUACCAGGGCCUGUGGAUGUCCUGUGCCUUCCAGAGCACUGGUCAACUUCAGUGCAAAAUCUACGACUCGGUCCUGCAGCUGGACAGUUCUCUCCAGGCAACCCGUGCUUUAAUGAUAGUUAGCAUCAUCGUGUCGAUUGCUGGGCUGGGAGUCGCUUGUGUAGGAAUGAAGUGCACCACAUGUGGAGGAGACAAUAAAGUGCGUAAAGCCCGCACCGCUAUGACAGGUGGAAUUAUACUGCUCAUUGGAGCUCUGAGUGCAGUCGUUGCAUGCUCGUGGUUUGCCCACAACGUAAUCCGUGCUUUCUACAACCCCUUCACACCAGUCAACACAAAGUUUGAGUUUGGCGCAGCCAUUUUUAUCGCAUGGGCCGGAUCUUUCCUCGAUGUUCUCGGAGGAGCUUUAUUGGCUGCCUCGUGUUCUCAAAGCAAACAGGUGUCCAAGUACCCAAAAAACGCUGCACGCAGCAACAGUAGUACCAAGGAGUAUGUGUGAGUGCUUACAAAUAACCAGACAGGAACUGUAUACAAUAAGCAUCCCUGAAAAAGGAAAACAGGACUGAGCCUGAUGGAUUAAGCUGAAGGACGGGGAAAACAUGGUUAAUCCAUGAAAUGAGAGUAACAGAAGGUGUUGACAAUAUGUCAUCUUCAGUAUUAUAAUAUCCCACGAUUUAUUGAAAUACAAGAGUACUGUUUUAUAAUGAUUGAUGGUGCAGAGGACAGUAAAGUAUUGCUAUUGUUAUAACAGAAAACUGUAUGCUUCUAGCAUGCUAUCUGAAUUACACUCUUUUUGAAAGGUUAGUUUUGACUGUGUAUGAUGGUAAGCUACUGUACCAUCAUCCCCAGUAGAAUGCAUUACAGGGCAUUUAGUUGUGUAAAGCACACACAUAUUGAAUAACCAGGGCCAAAACCUUUCACUGUCUAACAGGAAAGUAAACAUAUUCUCUCUGUGAGUCCUAGAAGUUUGUUUUAACCCUCAAAAUGUGACAUUGUUUUUAAAAUAAAGAAUUUUCUAAAAGGAUAUUCCUCAUUAUAGCUUAGUUAUAUUUGUCUCUCCAGCUUAAGUAACAGAGAAAUGAAUGUAUUUUGUUGUCAUUUCUGUUACAACUGGUACAGCACUGCCUCAAAGGUCAUUUUUAUAUUGUUAUUUGCUUUUAGACUUGCAAGACAAAAGAUUAACAGACCCGUAUUGUGUCUGAGUUGAACCUACCUUUUUAAUAAGUAAUGAUUUCCUUGCAACUGACACCUAGUGUAUAAACCUUGUUUACAAAAACAAUCUGUUAAGUAAAUAUGCAUGAAAAAACCUAUUGCAGCAAAUGCAGCAACACUAACAAAAUACCCUAGUACACAUGUACACACAGAAAUAGUGAAACGAGAUCUAAUUGUGAUUUGGAUUAAAGAAAUUGCUUUUAUUUUUAAUACAUUAGCUUGAUUGGUGCUUUGAAUGUUCCAUAAUGUCUAACAUUAAUUGUACACAAUUCCAGUUUUGGUAACCUCAUAUUAUGUAUGCAAUAUUUGUAAUUGACUGUAAGGCAUUUACAUUUACUUUUUCAGCAUUGGUCAGACACCCUUAUCCAGGGCGACUUACAUUUUAUUUCAUUGUACAUCUGAUCAGGGGCCAACAGUGAAAAAUUGGUGGUGAUGGGGUUUGAACCUGGGACCUUCUGAUUAGGAUUGAAUCAGAGGUGGUUAAAGCACUGCCUUUACAAAUAAACACCAAACAAGGGGUCCCUGUGACUGUGAUUAAUAUACAGUAUUAAAAUAGAUCAGCCUUGUCAUUUGAAAGGCUGAAUAUCAAUGCAGUGCUGUCACACAAGUAACUGAUACACAAGUAAGUGUAAUGAAAGUGCUUCUUUCUUUCUUUCUUUCUUUCUUUAUUAGUGGUUUAAUAUUUAUACCAAUAGUAAGAUUUUACAGUUGUGAAAACUAAAAAUGUUAACCUUACAGUUUAACAUCCCAUUCAACACUAUUCCACUAAAAAUGCCUGAAUAGGAGACAUAUUACAUUAAGUCAGUGUUUUAUAAACCUUUUACCAGUUUAUGUACUUUAACAGAAACCGGAUAAAGUGGAUUUAUUUAAUGAAGUGCAGUAUAGUAACAAGUCAGGUUAUGUUGCUCAGUGUCAAGUGAUUUUCGUGGGAUCUUUUUGUUGUUGUUGUUUGUUUUUUUAAUACGAUUUCAAAUGCAAAAUAAACUGUCCCAGUGCAAAAUAAAU